GUCACCCUUUUCGAGCAACGCAUUUUUGUCUGUUUUUAAAAAUACAGCAGUAAUUUUCUGGGCGUAUAUUCUCACGCACCAUGUACUAAAAACAUAAACGCUGGUCAAUAACAAGUGCUGCAGCUAUGGUUUUAUGAUAUCUUGUUAAUUCAAGCUGGACGUGAUGUCGAAAGCCGUCACUAUACCGGAGUGUAACAAGGAUAUAGGAGGUAUGAAAGACGAGAUAUCCACGUCGCCGCCCGAGAAGAGGGAAGGAGCUAUGGGCUUGUUCAGUCGCCUUUUGCGAUUGGACACUUUGAAGAGGAGCGCAACCGUGAGCCCUUCGCCGACGGAGCCCCCGAUGACGUACUACGGGGUGUACAUUCCUUGCGAAAUUAAAAAGGGCCCUGAUGAAGAAGCAAUACACGUGUACGAAAACAAGGCGGAGGCGCUGGAACUGGUUCGGCGCUACAAACUGGGCCGGUUCAAGGCUUUCCACGACCGGAAGGAGGCCGUGUCUUUCGCGCUGCGCGGGGCCGAGCCUGCGGACACCACGGAUGGGAAUGAUAGCUCUCUAAUGGGCGAAAAGCCAUAUCCUUUCAAAGCACCGUCGCCCCAAGACAUGGUCGCCCUUCGGAAGUCGAUCGAGAAGGGUCUGCUGGCCGCUGUGAGGGAGAGAGUGUGGGACAACCCCCGGUAUCUCGUCAGCAGUGGAAACACACCGGCUAUAAUGCAGGAGGGUUCCCGCUACAACGCUUUGCACGUAGCAGCCAAAGCGCUGAACGCGGAGAUGUGUAAUCUCGUGCUGACGACGGUCGGCAACCCUGCCUUCGUGCAGACCUUGUACGGGCUGGACGCUGACGCCGACUGUUGCAAGGAAUUCGCCGCGAUCUUAGUAGACCGCUAUCUGAACACGCCCGACAAGGGCAUGAACGAGACGCCGCUGCACUUCGCGGCCAAGUUCGGCGCCGAGGCGUGCGUGGACGUGCUCACAUCCUUCCCGCAGUGCAACAAGCAGGCCACGAACAAGUUCGGCGAGCAGCCUAAAGAUAUAAUCUGCAAGCGCGCCAACAACGCGUCUCCGGAGUGCGCUCGCCGCAUCCUGGGCAUGCUGGAGGAGCGGUUCUACGUGCCGGUGCUGCACGCCGAGGACGGCAGCGCAGCCCCGGCCAUCGGCCGCGCCUUCACUCCCGCGCAGCCCCCGGAAAUCAACCGUGACCCGCUGAGCCCGCGCUACGAGAUCCGCGCCUUCGCGGGCCCCAUGGCGGCGCGCGAGGCCGACAGCUUCCGCCGGAAGUGGAAGACGCCGCCGCGAGGGCCCCGGCUGCACGCGCCGGCUUUCCGGUUACAAGAGAUGACUAAAGGGCUUGAGACUGUCGGCAGAAACCUAGCAGAAGAAAUGAAAGUAGGCUGGAAGGAGUACUGGCCCUUCCUCGACACCUUCACAGACCUCAGAACCCCUGAGGGUCUGGCGCUACUAGAGGACUAUCUCAAGACCAAGUACGAGAGCGCCUGCUCUUUUGCCUACAGCGACAGCUGCGCUCAGUCCCAGUCUCCCGACGACAUCUCCUUGUCCAGAAUCAGUCUAGGCAACCUAGGCAACCAAUCACAAAGCCCUAUGAAGCUAAACUCCGUACUCAGCCCCAUGUCUGAACUAUGUGUAGCCAUGAAAUCUUGCAUAAUAUCUUCAGACAGACCGGCGCAUUGGAAGAAAACAGACCCUAUAAGACAAAGAAUGUGUCGGCAGCCUACAAAAGCAUUAACCAACGGCGACGUCGCAUCACCAACUAACCCUACAAACCACUCGGUCAGCCAACUCGUCUGUAUCGAACGAACCUGCCAAGUAUUCGCUAAAAGAAUCGCCGAUGCUCUAACGUUCUCCUUAACAUCCGAACCAGAAGUAGCAGGAGAAUCUCUAAAAGCCGAAGCGAAGUACCUCCAACAUACAAUGUACACUUAUAUGGACGAUGAACGAUUUCAGAACAUUAACUUCGCGUUGAUACAUUCGCGACUAGCUCAGCUAGCCGUCUUCAUGUUGAAGCGACAAACUAAAGACACAGACGACGUGAACAGUUUAGCGGAGUUUCUAGUAAAACUACGUUGUCCGAACGACGAUAUAUUCAGCUCCGACGAUGAGCACAGAUCCGCAAGAGGUCCAAGCAGGUUACGAAUGUCCCACAUAUUAGAUAGUCACAUUAAAUGCUUAGCUAGUUUUAUUAGUGAAGAGCUAGCGGAGUCAGAGGCGACUAAAGGGCCGUCUGUGUCCGAGUCGGAGUGUGCAGAGCUGUGGGGGAAAGCGGCUAAGUGCAGGUGUGAGUGGAAGAUUGAGAAUUUCGAGAGGAAUAGCAAGAAGAAUGCCUCGUUCAGGAAGAACCGGUCGAUAUUGUCGACUAGUCCGAAGACUGAGAGCCUGGUUAGAAGGCUGACGUUCGAUUGUGACAUUGGCGACGGCAAGAGUCAACGCAACGAGACGUCCCGGCCGCUGAGCGUGAACUCUCCCGGCGGGGACUCCUCGCCGGCGCUCUACACGCUCGACACCGCCAAGUGCACCGUCGUGCCCGCAGAGAUAUCGGAGGACGAGUCUGGCGAGUCCUGCAACUCUGACGAGUACCAAACUGCCUCGGAGCAUUCUGACGACGACGAUGACAAGAUGGUGGACGCCAGCGACAGGGCGCUCGCCGAGCCCUUCAUAUACGGGUACUAGCCGAGUAAGAUGGACCGACUAAUAAUGGACGCACUAGCCCCGUGUAGCAUUAGUCCCGAGUCGUACCCCAACGUGUAUCGUUGGAGACAUACCGUCGCGUUCUACUCGCCUACGGAGAGAGACAAAUGGGCUGCGCACGAGCUAAACGACAGCGUGGCAUCGGCGUCCUUCAGCUACUGCAGCCCACUGCGGCACACGGCCACGCCGCGGCCGCGCGAGCGCUGCUCCACGCCCAACCACCGCCUGCAGCUCGCACCAGAGGCGUACCACGACCGCUCCGUGCCGCUACAGGUGAGUGUGGAC